AUGUCCGGUCACAUGGUUCCUACGCCUCAUUCAGGCCCUCUCCCUGUUCCAAGCUCUUCGUCGUUCGCACGUUCUGCGUCUGUCAGCACUCAAGGCUUCGAUCCUAGCGUCAUUCACACAUUCGACAUUCCAACAACAGAAGAAAGUGCGGAGGUCCUCGAGUUCAUCGGACUCGUGUCAGAAGUCUCUGAAGUCUCUCGUCUCGUUUAUGAACGUUACUGCAACCGUCCCGAUCCAGAAAUGAACCCUGAUGACCUGAUGGCCUAUGUUUCUGGACAUCUUUCUGCCGUUGAAAUUCCACAAUACGACAAUAUGAGCCCCAGAGAAGCGCUCAGAGAUAUCGGCUUAAAUCAACAAAUCCGAGAUGCAAUUACAGACCCAGAAUUUUCGCAAAUCUUCGAAUCCGAAUCACUGUUCUAUUGGGCAAAGGACACCGCCGAAAUCAACUAUGCUGCUCUUCUCUCGCGACAGAAACUACUCAAAUCUCAUGCGAACCAACUUCUUGCUCACAAAAAGAAAUCCGCCACCACGCGUUCAGAUUGA